GUCAUCGGUGACGGUCGCGUGACCUGCCCUUCCACGGUAGAGUCAGUAGUUUAUUGAGCGGUACGCCCUUGGGUCGCGUUCGUUUUGUGCCACAGAUAGGGGACGGUCCGAAAUUUGGGAACCGACGCUGGAUAGACCAUCAAAAUAGUUUGGAAUCGGUGCUCGGAACGUUUGGAUCCGUGGCUAGUGGGGAAUUUUGUGUAUUGGUUGUGAUUACCUAGAGCUUUUCGCAGUACUGAUGUAGUGAUUAAACUUUGGGGAACGAAAUCGAGCAUGAUUAGCUCACGUACCGAUGAAGUGAUGUUUUUGUGGACUGCUAGCAGCUGGCAGCCUUGGUGGUGGUUUCGAAACACUGUGGGCGGUAUAUGAACCAAAACAUGGAGUAAAUAUUGAUUAAAAUUAAAAAUCCAAUCCAAUAGAGCCGAGGUGGAGUUUGAUUUAUUGUCUGCCUUCUUCGCUGUGACAGUACCAGUGAUAGUAAUUUCGUUUGUUCGUUCGAACGAAAAGAACAGCGAUAAAGCGUCAAACCUGUGGUUUUGCGCCACCCAUCCUCUCCCAACUCGAGGGAGCAUUUACUGUGAAAACAAGACGAAGUUGGCCCACAUCCGGCGGAUGCUGGCACGGGUGAAAACGGUGAAACGGAGGUUUUAUUCGCAAUGUGAAAAAGUGUGUGUUUUUGGCUUUGGUAGUGGCAUGCGGUGCCGAAUGUAGAGUGUACUCUGUGCAAGUCAAUUCGAUUUGGAGAAGCUGUCAGCCAACGAAUGAAGAAGCAAGGCUAAAUCCCUACACUAGUGUUCGUGUGGUUCGAAAUCGGAAUAAAAAAGUUAUUGUUAUUCGAACCAAUAUGUCAUCUCGGGGGCAAUUUAUUACCAAAAUGGCGCAAUUUAUAGCGCUGAUAAAAGAAUAGAAAUCUGCACAUUUACGACGUGCCGCUGGGGGUGUGUUUGUGUUCGUGAGAAUUUCACUUAUCUCUAGCUCUUUACCCGCGCGCCACUGUUGGAGUGGGUGUUGGUGCUGUUGUUGACCAAAAUGCUACUCUCCACCGGCUGAUAACAGACUGCCAUAAAAAGUAAUGUAACGACGAAAUAAAUUUAGAAAAACGAGCGAAAAAGGUUAGCAAACUCCGAACACUCCGAUCCAUUGAAUCUAUAUAAACAGAUGAAUGUUUAUUUCCGUAUUCUGAUACCUCUUUCUGCACAAUCAUAACAUUAGUGUUCUAGUGAAUAAGUAAGUGUCAAUUGUGUGCGUUUCUCCAGCAAUGUUUCCUCAUCUUCACUUAAUCCGAGAAGAUUGAUUUCAGUGGUUUUCCAUUAGAUUAAAAUUGAAUUGGUGUGCCAAAUAAUGAAAAAAAUGCACCUUACCAGUGUCAAAAUUUCAAUACAAGUACGUGUCAGAAGUGCUCUCCCAUUCAUUACCUACAACUAGAACGUGAAGAUUCAUUCAAAUAAAAAAAAAGCGAAAAACCAACCGAAACCGUAAGCCGUAAGCGCAUUUGUCGCAGAAUCUAAAAUAUUAGCAUAAAUUGCGAAGAAAAUUGCCCCAAAAUUGCUUCUCUUCCCCACAAUCCGCACGAUACAAAAGCAGUAGAAAGAAAACGAAAUCCUCUUCGCCAAACAACAACAUCAAUCAGGGUGGUAGGGACACCAAACGAGAAAAGUCCUCCCUCUCGGAUUCGCGGCACGGCGCGGAGUCAAAAGUUUCCUCUUCGCACCAAUCCGUUGCCUCCCCAGAGCUCGGCCAAAAGUAACAUUAGCGUCGUGCAGGAAUAAAAGAAAACGAAGCAGAAACAGUGAAACACGUAACGGACGCAAAAAGUUCCUCAACGAACGAACACCGACAAUUAUGGAAUUGAUUAUGACGAGCUGCCGCCGCCGCCGCCCCGCUGCUCCGUGCGCUCACCACACCAUCACACGGUGGAGACGGUGGUACUUUGUGGCGGAGGUCCUGCUGUUGGUGCUGCUGUGGGCUAGCGCCGGGAACAGCACGACGAACGCCCAAACACCAACGGAGAAAAUUCCACUGGGGGCCAUCUUCGAGCAGGGAACGGACGAGAUCCAGUCCGCAUUCAAGUUCGCAAUGCUGAACCACAACAUGAACGUGACGUCCCGCCGCUUCGAGCUGCAGGCUUAUGUUGACGUAAUUAACACGGCGGAUGCGUUCAAAUUAUCACGGCUCAUAUGUAAUCAAUUUUCCCGCGGCGUUUUCGCAAUGCUCGGUGCCGUCUCGCCGGAUUCCUUCGACACGCUGCACUCUUACAGCAACACGUUCCAGAUGCCGUUCGUCACGCCCUGGUUCCCGGAGAAGGUCCUGACGCCGUCGUCGGGCUUUCUCGACUUCGCCAUCAGCAUGCGGCCCGAUUACUACCAGGCCAUCAUCGACACGGUGCGCUACUACGGCUGGGACAGGAUCAUCUACAUGUAUGACUCGCACGACGGACUACUUCGGCUGCAGCAGAUCUAUCAGGGCCUGCGGCCAGGCAACGAAACGUUCCACGUGGAAACCGUGAAGCGGAUAGCGAACGUCAGCGAUGCUAUCGAGUUUCUGCGGACGAUCGAGGAGCUGAAUCGGUGGUCCCGCAAGCACAUCGUGCUGGACUGUAGCACCGAGUUGGCCAAGGACAUCGUCGUGAGUCACGUGCGGGACAUUACGCUCGGGAAGCGCACCUACCACUAUCUGCUGAGCGGGCUGGUGAUGGACGACCGCUGGGAGAGCGAAGUGAUCGAGUACGGCGCCAUCAAUAUCACCGGCUUCCGGAUUGUGGACACUAGCAAAAAGUACGUGAAAGAGUUCCUCGACGGCUGGAAGCGGCUCGAUCCGGCGACAUCGCAGGGCGCCGGCAAGGAACUCAUCUCCGCCCAGGCAGCACUGAUGUACGACGCGGUCUUUGUGCUGGUGGAAGCAUUCUCGAAAAUCGUUCGCAAAAAACCGGACCAAUUCCGGGCGUACACGGUGCGCAACCGAGGACAGCCAUUCAACCUGCCCACGAACGGAACCCGCACGCUGGACUGCAACAUGUCCAAGGGUUGGGUUACACCGUGGGAACAUGGCGACAAAAUUUCACGCUACUUGCGAAAGGUGGAAAUUUCUGGCCUUACGGGAGACAUAAGAUUUAAUGAAGAUGGCAAACGGCAGAACUACACCCUCCACGUGGUCGAGAUGACGGUGAACAGCGCAAUGGUAAAGGUGGCCGAGUGGUCCGACGAGAACGGGCUCACGCCGGUGGUAGCCAAAUACACCCGGCUGAAAACGGACAUGAACUACGAGAAGAACAAGACCUACGUCGUAACGACCAUCAUCGAGGAGCCGUACAUAAUGCUGCGCCAGCCGGAACCCGGCGAAACGCUGGAGGGCAACGAUCGCUUCGAGGGCUACUGCAAGGAUCUGGCUGAUUUAGUGGCGAGAAAACUUGGCAUCAACUACGAGUUGCGCAUCGUCAAGGACGGCCAGUAUGGCGCCGAGAAUCCGGACGUGAAGGGCGGAUGGGACGGAAUGGUCGGCGAGCUGGUCCGCAAGGAAGCGGACAUUGCCAUCGCAUCGAUGACAAUUACCUCGGAGCGCGAGCGCGUUAUCGACUUCAGUAAACCGUUUAUGUCACUCGGCAUUUCCAUUAUGAUCAAACGACCGGUCAAGCAGAAGCCGGGUGUGUUCAGCUUUCUCAACCCACUGUCGAAGGAGAUUUGGAUAUGUGUCCUGUUCAGCUAUGUUGGCGUUAGCAUUGUCCUGUACAUAGUGUCACGUUUUUCGCCGUUCGAGUGGCGGCUAGUUAAUUAUAACGACAAAGGAAACACAUUUGGCCUACUUACAGGAGAGCAACCGGACGCCGUCCCGCAGGCCACCGUCAACGAGUUCAGCAUUCUGAACUCGUUCUGGUUCGCCCUGGGCGCAUUCAUGCAGCAGGGCUGUGACAUUUCACCGCGUUCCAUUUCCGGUCGGAUCGUUGGUUCGGUCUGGUGGUUCUUCACGCUCAUUCUCAUCUCAUCGUACACUGCGAAUCUGGCGGCGUUCCUGACGGUCGAGCGAAUGGUCACACCAAUCAAUUCCCCGGAAGAUUUGGCCUCGCAAACUGAGGUCCAGUACGGCACGCUAAUACACGGCUCGACGUGGGAUUUCUUCCGGAAAUCGCAAAUCUCCUUGUACAGCCGCAUGUGGGAAUACAUGAACUCCCGCAAGCACGUGUUCGUCAAGACGUAUGACGAGGGCAUCCGGAGGGUGCGCACGUCCAAGGGCAAAUACGCACUGCUCAUCGAGUCGCCCAAAAAUGAUUAUACGAACGAACGGGAACCGUGCGACACGAUGAAGGUGGGCCGAAAUCUCGACGCCAAAGGAUUCGGCAUCGCUACGCCCUUGGGGUCACCGCUGAGAGACCCCAUCAAUCUGGCCGUGUUGUCAUUGAAGGAGAAUGGUGAGCUCACUAAGCUUGUCAACAAGUGGUGGUACGAUCGAACGGAAUGCAAACACACCGACAAACAGGACGCCUCGAGAAACGAACUGUCGCUCAGCAACGUCGCGGGAAUCUUUUACAUCCUGAUUGGUGGGCUGCUGGUGGCGCUUGCCGUUGCUCUGGUGGAAUUCUGUAUGAAAAGUUCCAACCGGGCAUCGAACCGGAUUCCCCUCUCCGACACAAUGGGUUCUAAUUCGAACUCCAAGAACAGACUGACGAUGCCUCCGACCACACGAGAGUACGACAAUGGACGAAUUGGGUACUACACUCCGUCGACGCACUCCGAGCCCGAUCCGAUCCAUGCCAACUCGCACACGCAGGUUUGAUGUAAGGAGCCGCCAGAAUUACGCCUAUGACGCCCACCUUACGCGCCCACCAUUCGACAAAUCGUGGCCAACAGUCAGCAUGACACGUCCACCCUGUUGAAGCAGCGGGUUUCGGCCGGCCCAGGAGCACCCACGGGCAGUGUGACUGGCCCCGGCGGUAUGGUGCACGAUAAUUCUGGCUUAUAAAAUGCUAACCCUAAACUCUGAAGCAUACAAUAUCCUACAUCUCAAAAGUGGUUGCCGACUUCAUCCGACGGAUGAAGGAAAAAAGCGGAAUGGAACCUUGGAAAUCAUUAAUGAUACGAAGACUAGGUAAUAAAUGUAAGAAAAUGGUGUACAUAGUUUAGUUUUUGUUAUAAAAUGUAAAAUUAAAACUAAUUAAAAAAUCUAAACCAAAAAACAAACAAAGAAACUUAAUCAAAUUUCAGAUUCUGCAAGUGUAAGACGCAGUCAGAAUCAAAAAAACUGAACUGAUGAAUGAAAAUAGAAUAUUGUAACAAAAAAAAACCUACUCUUCGUUAUUUGUUCGUUAAAUUGAUAGUGAAAUCCUUUGGUCGAGCGCAGGAACAUAAGAAACGAAUAUUAUGAAAAAAAAUCAACAUCCCAUCAUACUGACAGAUAUAAGCUGCAAAAUCAAAACAAUAGUUUACCUUUAAUCGAUCGUAAAUAGUGAAGUACUACAGAAGCAACUAGCAACUAUCAUGAACAGAAACCAAAACAGGAAGAAAAAAAACCCGACGUGAUUUGCCAAACGAACGAGUAUCUCUCUGCAAUUAGGAGAUGUUCGUUCAGCUAGAGUGGAAGAGAAAUUCCUGUAUCCUCUAAUGGAGCGAUGAAAAUACAUUGGAACGAAAAACAAAAAAAAAUAACAUUUCGUGAACUGCCGAGCGGAAUGAAUGAUUAGGUUGAAAGGGGUGACAGAGUGAAGGGUGACAUGAUGUUCACGAUCACGUUCAGACAUACGAAAGAUGAAUGGAAAUCAAUCACGCGGUCAAACAAUGAAAAAUUAAAAAAAAAACUUUAAAGACACAACCGAAGAAAGAAUAUCAAAAACAAAUACAAAAGUGAUGUGUUAUAAGUAAGCUAAUUAAGGUAUAAGUAUGGGGAAAUUGUUUUACCUGUGUUAUGUUUGUACAGUCAGUAUCAUACUGUUUCGUUGAGGAAUGUUUUUUGAAAUAAACCGAAAUCUAGAAACUUUU